GUCAUGGCGAGUGCUGAGAUCACAGUGUCCUCAAGGAACAUAGUGAUGGUGAAGGAAGAGGAGGAGGAAGGGGAGCCCUGUGAGAGCCGCAAGACUCAGGUCAUCCUCGAUCUGCAGCCCAUCAUACAGGGGGCAAAGGAGGACAACGCUGACACUGGCUCUACUGUCCUAGCCAUAGAGACACAUCGUGAAGACAAUCUUGCGGCGGGUGAGGAGGUUGAGUAUGGAUACCCCAUCACCUGUGGCGAAAGCAAAGCAGUCCUCCUGUUUAAGAAGUUUGUCUGUCCUGGCAUCAACGUCAGAUGUGUCAAGUUCAAUGACCAGCUGAUCAGCCCCAAGCAGUUUGUUCACAUGGCAGGGAAAGCCACGCUGAAGGACUGGAAGAGGGCCAUCCGACUGGGAGGGGUGAUGCUCAGGAAAAUGAUGGACUCAGGUCAGAUUGACUUCUACCAGCAUGACACAGUGUGCACCAACACCUGCCGCAGCACCAAGUUUGACGUGUUGAUCAACAGCACCCGCUUCCUUCCGGGCAGCGCCAUGCAGCCCCCCCCUUCCCCUCUGCCAAUAGAUGGAGGCCAUGCUGCAGUGUCAGAUGAGAGGCUAGAGGAGAAGGCCUACACUACAGUGGAGUGGAGCCCUGGGCCAGCUCCUCCCAUCACCAGCACAGCCAAUGGACAUGUCAAGAGGAAAAGGGGUGAUAUCAUCCCUGAUGGCAGUCUAAGCUUUUGGAGAGGCAUAGCAGACGUUGGCCUGAUGGGGGAGGUGUUAUCCAGUUUCCGCACAGAACUGGUGGCUAUGUUGAGAGGAGUGGAGGUCCGCAGUGAGAAGGCCAUUUUGCAAGAAGCCGAUGCUGUUGUACUGAACUCCCUUUCUGAGAUGUUUGGGCUGCUGGACUCAGUGAGGAGGGUUCUGGACCUGAGACGCAGUGAGAUUGAUGGCAACCAGCAGCAGGUCCACAAUGCUCUUAAUGUGCUGGAGGACCAGUUGGAGGACCAGAGGAAGCCGAGGCAGGAUGAGCCCCCACCCAGCCCUGGUCACCUCGACAUGGGCAGGUUCUCCAAGGCCACCCCCUCAAAGUGCCCGCGGCUGCAUCGCUCUAGCUCUUCGACCACCCAGCCUCAGAACCAGACCACACAAUCGUCCAUCGUCUUAUCUCCCAUCACCACAUCCCCAGUGGGUCAGCCUCUCAAUGUGGCCGGCCUGCCUGUGGCCACACUGGCCCAACUCCCCACCGGCUCCCAGCUCUUCACCCACUACACCACUGGCAACACCUCUGCAGGAAAGAGAGGCAGCGCCAGGUCCGUGGCUCUCCAUGCAGCCUCCAGGGUGACUGUGCUCAACACAACCACAGAGUCAUGGGUGGGGGCCCCUCUACAGGUGCUUCAUCUAACCCAGAAGAGGGAGCAGGACUCUGGGGACAUGGAGAGCCAGAGGCCGGGGGAGGAGAGGAUAGUACUUGUGCAGCAGGGGGUACUACUAGACACUCCAGGGAUUCAGACACACUAGGCUGGGAACAGU